AUGGUUGAUCAUAAGGAUAUAGAACUUGCGCAAAUUAAAGUCAUAAAAACAGCAUUGCGAAAGGGCAAAAAAUAUGAUAAUCUUGCGAAAAACUAUGGAGACUAUCUAAAGAAAUUGCGAGCUGAAAAGAAUCCAAAUGACUAUAUUAAGGCAGUCGCAGUCAAGAUGUUUCCUAACGAAGAG